AUAAAUAGAAGUAAAUAAUAAUAACAUAAGCAUAAUAGUCUCACUAACGACCACCACGACGACCAUCACGAUGAACACCAUGUUGAUCCACUAGAUGGCCGCCACUAUCACACCUUAGUGUCCGUCUGUUCCUUGGAGGCCUACCAUCAUCGGGUUGGGGCUGAUCUCCCUCCACUGUAUCAUCCUGAUCUUGUGUACCGAACUUAUCAUCCACCUGAGACUGAAUAUGCUCCCCUGGUGCACCGUCACCUCUCUGCUGCGCCUGCAUCUACUGCUCAUAAUGCCACAUCGUGCCCUAAAAAGUACUAUCACCUUCUAGACAGUUCCACGGGUCUGGCUGUGUGUCUGCACUAGUAUCACUACUUGAUGCCAUGUAUCCGCCUCCCAUCAUAGUAUGAUGCAUUGUAUGGAAGUUUUCGUCUGGUGGCUGAAACUGCGCCCCCAAAGGCCCCGUAUUGGUGCUUGCCUGAAAUCCCUUAUAAGCGUCUGGCUGAAACUGCUAUUGAGAAGGCGGGUGGAACUGAAAGUUCGUAGUAGGCCUAACGGUCUGUGCUCGGUGACGAUCUGAAAUCCUCACUAGAUGAGGUACAUCACGCUGCUCACGUUCCUGUCUACGACUCCUGGGUCCUACGUGAAUUGUGGCGGUGGCACGCCCCAGGCCGAUGCUGGAACCCUACGCUCUGGCCAAAUGUCUAGACUGUGCUCAUCAACAGGAUACCCUUGUAUAGACAUUGUAUCAUCAGGAUGCUGGCGCUCACUAAAACCUAAAGCUGUAACCCCUGUUGCCAACAUAUCACACAACUCCUCCAUCCGGUCAGUGGACAUCCCUCCAUCUCGAACUCCAUCACGUAAACUCAGCUCAGUGUACUCCAUGCUGUCGUACUGAAAAUAAAAUUUAAAAUAUUAUAAAUUCUACACAUCUCAAAACCAUUAAAACACAAAUAUGAAUUAAUAAAAAACUAACGGUUGCGUUCAUUGUAGCUCAUCUCCGUGUGCCUGAACGUCUGGUAACAUCUCAAUAUCACUCUUGAUGCUCCGAGUAGUAGGCUAAAGAGACGUCACUGUAGCUCAUACACACGAUGAACUCAAGUCAAUAGUUCCGCAAAUUAAUCGACUCACUAGCUGCUUGUAUCAACUGAUGUCCACGCGAUGGCCCAUGUUGACCUUGGCGAAGGAAAAACCUAAUCUCAGUCGUGGGAUAUGGCUGAUGAGGCUCAUCCUGCAUCAUGCCAAACUGUCCGAGCACGCAAUCUAAAUGGUGCCACAUCGUCGAUGAAAAGCAGAUCAGUGGAACUACUGCUCGAAAUGUGACGGACUGGAUCACAAUACCGCUGAGGUCCUGGGUUUUUCAAAGUAAGGACGCCACUACACACAAAAAGUGGUCACAUAAUUACUCCUAAAUCUAAUACAAACCAAUGAAAACUAUUCUAUAAA